AUCAGCCAGACUCAUGCGCAGGCGCAGAAGGAAGGGGGAAAAUCAAACCUUCAAGGAGCGCCCUUCCCCCAUCCUCUUUCCGGCUUUCUCCCACUGCGCAGGCGCAGGAGUGAAGCAAGAUGGCGGCCCCCGUGGAUUUGGAGUUGAAGAAGGCCUUCACAGAGCUUCAAGCCAAAGUUAUUGACACUCAACAGAAGGUGAAGCUUGCAGACAUACAGAUUGAACAGCUAAACAGAACGAAAAAGCAUGCACAUCUUACAGAUACAGAGAUUAUGACUUUGGUAGAUGAGACUAACAUGUAUGAAGGUGUAGGAAGAAUGUUUAUUCUUCAAUCCAAGGAGGCAAUUCAUAAUCAGCUGUUAGAGAAACAGAAGAUAGCAGAAGAAAAAAUUAAAGAAUUGGAACAGAAAAAAUCCUACCUGGAGCGGAGUGUGAAGGAAGCUGAGGACAAUAUCCGGGAGAUGCUGAUGGCACGAAGGGCACAGUAGGAAGCCUCUAGGGAAGCUCUUCCUCCUGACCCCUGCCAUUCCUGGCCAGGGGCCUGUAUAGGGAAACUGCUUCUGCUCUGCCUGAUGGACAGUUUAUCUGGAUGGUCUGGUAACCCUAUGUUUUAUGCAUCACCUGGAGCCCCUUUCAGAUCCCAUCCCUGUAUUUUUUAUCCUGGCUCUGCCUGCCACCCUUCUUCCCUGGGGGUGAGUCAUGAACCCCCAGGAGAGGGAAGAUGGGAGCCGGGACAGAUAGGAGAGCUCUUCCUGGGCCUACGACUAGUCACGCUGGUCAGACCAAUAAAAGACAUCUGUCCCACUCUG